GCAUGCGUAGUGGGAGGAUCCCGCUUGAAAAAUGACCUCAAAAUUGCUUCUAAGACAAGCCUAAGUAUGGACUCCAAGAAUGACAGUGACUGGUGCAGAAGAAAUACAAUUUUGACGCCUAAUUCGAUUGUGACGCAGUUGAAAUUCGCUUCUGCCCGCGCCCCGCCCUGGACGCUGACGUUCUGACGCAAACGCGCGGCCGCCUUCCGCACUGCGGCGCCGCUGAUCUUCCGGGUCAGCAUCCGGACGCGGGCGCCAACCUUCACGUCAAGAUGGCGGCGUCCGCGCUGCGCACGCUGCUCUGGCGGCGGCCUGCGCGUUCGCACUUCCGAGGUAUCAGCGGAGUUCAGGUUUCCCUGCAGACUUUUUGCACCGAAACCCCUCCUGGAAAAGAUUCAUUGCCCCCAGCUCCUGUUUCUCCUUAUGAGAAUGAACCCUGGAAAUACCUGGAGUCAGAAGAAUACCAGAGCCGAUACGGCUCUCGCCCCAUCUGGGCUGACUACCGCCGCAACCACAAAGGUGGUAUCCCGCCGCAGCAGACCCGGAGGACAUGCAUUCGCAAGCAUAAAGUUGCUGGGAAUCCUUGCCCCAUCUGCCGGGAUCACAAGUUGCAUGUGGACUUCAGGAACGUGAAGCUCUUGGAACAGUUUGUCUGUGCCCACACGGGCAUCAUCUUCCAUGCUCCAUACACAGGGGUCUGCAUGAAGCAGCACAAGAAGUUGACUGAGGCCAUUCAGAAAGCCAGGGAGCAUGGGCUCCUCAGUUACCACAUUCCCCAGGUGGAGCCCCGGGACCUGGACUUCAGCACGUCACAUGGAGCUGUGAGUGUCACUCCGCCAGCCCCCACCCUGCUUUCAGGUGAUCCUUGGUACCCCUGGUACAGCUGGAAGCAGCCACCAGAAAGAGAACUGUCGCGGCUUCGCCGGCUCUACCAGGGCCAUCUUCGAGAAGAGAGUGGGCCCCCGCCUGAGUCCAUGCCCGAGGAGCCCCCCAUGGUGCCAGCUGAGCAGAGCUGCCCGAGUGCUCCUGCGCCGUAGGGCUGGGACACCGGGCAGUGGCCCACAGCAGGCCCUGGGGAGCCCUGUGGAAGGGAAACUGUCUGGAUGAGGGAGGUCAGGGCAUGUGUGUGCGUUGUGAGCAGAUGCUCUUACCGUCCUGCUGUUGGGACUUCUGCCAACUCAGUAUUUCCGUAAUAAAGUUGUGUCCUCCA